AUGAGAAACUGGUAUCGACAUGGGCGGCCACUCCGCAUGGCCAUCUCGACUUGCUGUCUAGCAGCAUUUCUUUUCUUCGGCUUUGAUCAGGGUGUCUUUUCCGGCAUUCUCCAAAAUGAAGACUGGCUGAACCGAUUUAAUCACCCAAAUGAUACUGAGACCGGUAUACUGGUUAGCUGCUAUUGUCUUGGAGCAUUGGGAGGCUGCAUUGUCAACUUCUUCAUUGGAGAUUGGCUUGGACGUCGUCGGAUGAUGUGGGUUGCUAUGGGCCUGGUCCUUGUGGGCGCGAGUCUGCAGACAUCCGCAUACACAGUGCCUCAUCUCAUCAUUGGGCGGGUCAUCACUGGCUUUGGAACGGGCAUCGAUAGCUCCACAGUGCCAAUGUAUCAAUCAGAGCUCUGUAGGAAAGAGUAUCGCGGUCGUCUUGUUUCGACGGAAGUUCUGUUCAUCGGUAUUGGGAUUUCAUUUGCAUACUGGCUUGAUUUCGGCAUGUCCUACGCAGGUGGAGCCAUCGCAUGGAGGUUACCCAUCGCGGUUCAGUUGAUUUUCGCCAUCACUGUUAUCAUUCUCCUAUUUGGUCUUCCCGAAUCACCAAGAUGGCUGUUCAAGAGAGGCCGUGAGGAGGAAGGGAUCGAAGUUCUUUGUGCCGUUUUCGAUCUUCCCCGAGAUGAUCCUUACAUAGUCUCUGAGGUUCGAGCCAUAAAGCACGCCGUCGCUGUUGAAUCUGGAGUGCGCAGUCAUCGAGCACUGUUCAAGAGCGACAAGUUGAAGACUCGACGGAGGAUUGCCCUCGCAUAUUUCGGUCUAUUCAUGAAUCAAAUGGUUGGAAUCAACUUGGUUGUCUACUAUUCACCAACUCUUCUUGUCCAAAGCAUUGGCAUGGUACCACGCACAGCGCAGAUUGUUGCCGGAUUCAUCCAACUCAUGUUCAUCAUCGGUUGUCUUGUCCCUGCGUUCGCUCUUGACCGGAUGGGAAGACGAAAGACAAUGUUCUACGGUGUUAUCGGUCUUGGAAUCUGCAUGAUGAUGGCGUCCAUUCUGUUGAGCGUUGGCAAGAAGAAUACAUCUAGCGCCGCUGUAGCAUUUUUCUUCCUUUACAUGUUGAUAUUCGGAGGAACAAUCAAUGUUGUACCGUGGGUAUAUGGACCAGAAAUCCUCCCCCUCGAGGCUCGCUCUCGAGGCACCGCAAUUUCGGUGUCAUCACACUGGCUAUGGAACUUUUUCGUUGUUAUGAUCACCCCCGUCUGUCUGAACCGUUUGGAAUGGAAGACAUAUCUGAUUUUCAUGGCUCUUGCGUUCGCCUUCGCACCGAUCAUAUAUUUCUUCUACCCGGAGACGUCCAACAUCUCGCUCGAAGACAUCGACAAAAUCUUCAUGAAGGACGGCGACGAUUAUAGCAGUGACCGGUCUUCGACGAUCGCCGACACCGAGUCGGCGGAGAUGAGAAUGAGAGAUGUGCAGAGCAAUGAAAAGACUGAACAGAGGCAGGUGGAGCAAGUCUAG